AAUAAUGAGUCGAUUUGGGUUCUAUUUUAUUUUUCUCUUCUUAUUAUAUAAAAGCCCGAGUUUGAUUCUGUUUUUGUGUUUCGCCAUUUAUGUUUACAUUCAUUACAGAACGCGAUAAAAAAAAAGUAAAUUAGAGGGGGAAAAUUAGACGUAUUUGAUAGCUCGUGAUCUCCUCAAGACAGUGGAUGUACGUAGGCUAGGCUAUAGGCUGUUAAUAUCACCACGGUUUCUUUUCAGUUUCAUAAACAAAGGAUCUCCCGUCCUUGUCACUGCAGCUCUGUGUGACGUCAGUCCGAAGUGAUGGACUGUGCUGUUCCCGUCUCGGAGGUCGUCCCAAAACACAUAGGCUAAUCAAAACACCGGAGCGGGCGGAGGGGUUACGUUACCGAGCCGCGAUAAGACCAAGGAGAUGCUUUAUAAGAGACUGGUUUCUAUAGAAACACAAUGAUAGACGAUGUCUGGAAACAGCCUGCGUUUAAUGACCACAGAGAAGGAUUCAGCAAAACAUCUGUUCUUCUCUGAUGACACUGAUAGACUGUACCAAUGGGUGUCUCACUCUCAGUUUGGCUGUACAGCAGGGCAGACAAAACCCCUUCCUCCUCUUCAUCAGCUUUCCCUCCUCUGGCUGUCCCAACAUCCUCUCGCCUCGCUGUCACUCUGAACUCCUCUCCGGUUGCUCCGGGAGACAGUCGCUCACGCUGGAGCUCAGUCCACUGCUCUCCACACUUCCUGCUGUCUGCCUGCAAACAGCAAGUGACACGUUCACCGGUUGAGAUGAGCAGCGAUGGGGUUAGGGCAGAGAUGGGAGUGAAGAGUGGGCUUCAUGUCUGGGAGGUGCUGUGGAGCCCCAACCACAGAGGGAGUCAUGCCGUCAUGGGCAUUUCCAGGCAGAGCUGCCCUCUGCAGGCCUCAGGGUACAACGUGCUGAUUGGCAUAGACACACAGUCCUGGGGCUGGGAACUCAAAACCAAUCAGCUCUGGCAUGAUGGACAGAGUCUGGGACUUUACCCAGGAAAGAGGAGGGGGGGCCACUCUGAAGCUGUGACACAAUAUUUCACUUCAUCACACACAAAGGUGACACAGACACCUCUCCCCGUCCCUGAGCGCAUCCUACUGGUCCUGGACGCCGACGCAGGGACUCUGGGAUUCGUUGUUGAUGGCAGCUUCCUCGGCGUAGCUUUCAAAGACCUCCCUCGUGGAGUGGAGCUGUUCCCAGCAGUGAGCAGUGUGAGAGGAGGAGCCAGCAUACGACUACGAUACUUGAACGGUGCCACACGUGAUCCCCCCGCCCUGAUGGCUUUAUGUGGACUGUCAAUUCGGCAGUGUUUAGGGCAACAGAGGCUGAAUCAAAUGGACAAACUGCCUCUAGCCCCUUGUCUCCAGCACUACCUGCUUUGUAGUCAAUAGUGUACACUUAUAUAUAUACAAACACAAACAAUAGGAAAGAUUCAGUCAAUCACUAAAGUGUACCAAGAAUGUAUAGAUUUGUAUAUGAAAAAUUAUGUACAUACAUAUUAUAUUAUAGCCAGACAAAUGGAUGUCUUAUCUAUCUUCUUUAUUACAAUAUAAUAUAUAGGCCUACGUAUUUCACUGAAGUUUCAAAGCAUUAUCAGUGAGCUGGGAGAAAUUUUCUUUCUGUUUCUUCCUUUGUGUAUAAAAUAAAUGACUCCCUUUUUGAA